GACGGGGCCUUCUAAAGGAGGAUGUCUGAGGUGGGCGCUGUUUAAAUCGGCGGUAAAUAACUCCGGGGCUAAUUGGUGACCAGUUAGGAGCUGCUGCUUGUUUAUUGGGAUGCAGUUCUAUCAGUGGACCUGUUUGAGUUGGGCUUGAUCUUUCUCUUCCUUUCAGCCAAUGAUACAGAGUUGUGAGUGAGCACCAUGUCGUUGAGCCACUCCAUUAAAGAACGCACAAUUGCAGAGAACAGCCUCAUUAUCCUCCUUCAGGGAGUGCAUGGCCACAUCACCACCGUGGACCUCAGGGACGAGAGCUCUGUGAGGGGGUGCUUUGUUAACGUUGAUGCGUUCAUGAAUAUCCGACUAUCUGAGGUGACGUACACUGACAGGUGGGGUAGAAUGUCGCACCUGGACAACUUUUUUGUGACUGGCAGAAACGUACGUUAUGUUCACAUCCCAGACGAGAUCGAUAUCAUCGAAACCAUCCAGAGUCAGUUGCAGAAAAUCCAUCGAGUACGCAACUUUGGGGGGAAAGAUCGAGGGAGAAGAGAAUUCCCAUCAAGAAAAUAACAAUGUGUUGAUCCCAGAGAUAUAGCAUCAGAACCAUGUGCUGGAUGUGGGGAAUAAGGGAGAAUAUCAGCAUUGGAUUAUGUAUGUGAAUAUAAAGGAGGUAUCAAGACUGAGUGGCAUUGCAUGGUACAGGGGUGCUAUUGGGACUGGGUGACAUUGGGGUGGCUAUUGGCAUUGGGGGGGCCAGCUAUUGGCACUGGAUGGUGUUGAGGUGACUAUCGGCACUGGGUAGCGUUGGGGGCUACAUCUAUUGGCACAAGGUGGCAUUGGGGUGUGUCUUUUGGCACUGGAUGACAUGGGGGUGACUAUCAGCACUGGAUGGCGUUGAGGUGGGCGGGGGGCACUAUUAGGGCUUAGUGGCAUUGUGGGUACCACUGGACUGGUCAGUGUACAUGGAAUGAGGUCUGCCUCACCACCACUGCAUGACUACUGAUCGGGACAAGCUGCACCGCCAAAUUGACUCACUAGAUAUAAUCCUCAUCUUCGAGUUGGAAGGCUGUAGCUUGUAGCUCCACUGAUAAUAUGCGGGCCUGCAUUCCAGAGUAGUACUGAGAGAGAGCUGAGUUGUUGAAGAUGCUCUUCUUUGUAACUUUAAAUCACAGUACCAUCUGCUUGUUUUUGUGCUUCAUGUGGACAGGACAGUUCCCUUGGCAGUACGGGAAGAACACUAAGUACUGAUUCCAGUACAGAGUCUUAACCAGCAGCAUCAACACCUUUCCAGCUUGGGAUCUUGCUGUGUGGAGAGCAGCUGCUGCAGCCACUACAGAAGCAUUUUGUAAUAUAUCUGUAAUGUGUGACAAGAUGAAAUAUAAAUGCAGGUUCUCUCUCA